AUGUUCAUCUCUAGAUCACAGCAUGCAUAUCACGGAUUGAGCAUCACACAGGUUGUUUUGAUAGCAGGUCUUUCCAUGCCAUCUCUCAUCAAAUCGUUACUCGUUCCGCAUCUUACGUCCAACGGGUUUCGCGUCCUGCUGUAUGAUCUCUAUGGCCGCGGAUACACAGAGGCUCCAUGCGCGUCAGAGGUGAAAUACGAUACGGAGAUGUAUGUGACCCAGCUCGCCCUGCUCUUAGGUCAUGUUGGCUGGGACAAGGCCGCCAUUGUGGGAUCAUCUGUGGGUGGAGGUAUUGCGAUUGCCUUUUCUGCUCACUUCCCUCAGAUGGUAGACGGUAAAGUCGGCCUAAUUGGAUCUUGUGGUGUCAUGCCGCAAUGGGAACCACCACGUAGUGUCAGACGCGCCGUCUCCCCUGCUCUGCAAUACCUGAGAUCGUCUUACCUUGGUAAAAAAUAUUCAACACAGCUCUUGACACGAAAAAAGAUUCCGCCGCAACUUCCAACGCCUGUUACGCAGCUCGUAGACAAGGGUCAUGCUCUUAUGCAAGACCUUGAAGAGGCAAGUUCCCGGCGACGGGUGAUAUUACUACAUACUAACAUCCAUCCCCUAGCUCGUCCAGAUUCAACAUUAUCUCCUUCCCGGUUACACACAGGCCAUUGCAUCGACGCUUGUUCAUGGGCCCAUUCGCAACUUGGAGACCGAGUAUGCAGUAUUAGCUCUAGCGGCUGCCGAGAAGCGAGUGGAUGUUAUUCUGAUCUGGGCAAGUGGAUUUAA